AUUUAAUACAAUUUCUUUUUUAUUCAUAAAAUUAUAGAGCUAAACUACAAUUUGAAUUGAAGAGUGAGAGAGAGUUUAAUAAAAAAAUGAAUAAGAAUGAAUUCACUACAAUUGAUACACAAUAUGCUAAUGAACAAGAACAUCAAGGUAUUUCAUCAAUAUUUGCAUCAAGAAAAAAUUUCAUGGAAUGGUUUCGAUCAUUCUUCGAUAGAUCUUUAGUAAUAUAUCAACUGUUUUACUUUUCAUAUUAUGCUGCAUUUGGUUCACUUUUCCCGCUUAUAUCAAUCUAUUUUAAACAACUUGGAUUGAAUGCUUUACAAUGUGGUAUUCUAAGUGGGACAAGAUCAUUAGUCGAGUGCUUUGCAGCACCAUUUUGGACUGCAUUAGCUGAUAAAUGGAAGAAAGGCAAGAUGUUUGUUUUAGUUAGUUUAUUCUUUGCCAUGGCAUUCACACUUGGAUUAGGAUUUGUACGUCCAACACCAGAAGGUUGUUUAGUAAGUUUACCAAGAUCAACAAGAUAUAAUGCUACAACAAGUGACGAUGAAGAUGGUUUAAUUUUGAGCAUUAUUCAACCUUAUAAAGCAUCAAGAUAUGAUGAUGUUAAAUCUGUUGAUAUGGAUAGAGACUUAGCGUUGAAAAUCCGUAAUCAAUUAGGACAAUCACCACUUUAUCUAAACACUAAACUAUUAGUAUCUCCACCAAAAAUGAAAGCGACACGUUGGGGUACAGGUGUUGGACAACAGACUGGUGAUCAAAAUCUUUAUGCAAGAACACAAGCCUAUCAUGAUCCUACCCAAUUUCCACCUGGAAGUCUUGUUAUGCCUCUUUAUUCCACAGUUGUUUAUGGUCAAACAAAAAUCAAUCAAAUAUUCAUUGUAAUCCUAUUAUUGGUACUUUUUAGUGAAAUUAUGUCAUGUGCUGCUAUACCAAUUGUUGAUGCAGCAGUUUUACAACAAAGUGGAAUAGAUUUUUGUAAUAAUUACGAAAAACAACGUAUAUUCGGUUCGAUUGGUUGGGCAUUAUCAAUGUUUUUCAUUGGAUUAAUAUUAGAUCAUUCUACAAGUUUUCCUGACUAUCCAUGUUUACAUCCUGGUUAUCGUGAAAAAAAUUACAUGGUAUGCUUUGCAACAUAUUCAGUUUUUAUUGCAUUUGCUUUAUUCAUUGCAACACAAUUCACAUUUCAGUAUGAAGGUGAUUCAGAGAGUAUGUAUUUUAAAUUAGUGAAAGAUAAAAUGGCUAGAACAUUUUUGGGUAGAACAACAAAAAGUCGUUCAAAGUUAGUAAAUGAAGAUGAUGAAGAGGAUGUUGGUGCAAAAGAUUGGAAACCUGACCCAUUACUCCAUGAAAUAGAAACAGGAAAAGUUACUAGCAAAGAAAAAUCUAAACACAGUAAUGAAGAAAUCUUAGAACAACAACUUGGAAUCAAAAUUGUUCAAAAAAAUGAUGGAGUUAAGUUGAAAAGUCAAAAUACAAUGGAUGCACAACAAGAAGAAUUAGCUGCUGCGGCUCAAUUAAAAGUAACAAAUUGGUUUUAUGCAUUGAAACAAUUUCGUCAACCAAGUUUAUUGGCAUUCUUAUUCGUGAUAUGGUUUAUGGGUUUGGGUUUAGGUCAAGUAUUUACAUUUUUAUUUUGGCAUAUGCAAGAAUUAAAUGGUUCACCAACAUUAUUUGGUAUUGCAUCAAUUAUCAAUCAUGUAUCAGAGAUAUUAAUGUAUCAAUUUAGUAAACAAAUAAUUGAUAAAAUUGGUCAUAUAAAAGUUCUGUAUUUGGGAUUAGUUGGCAAUGUGGCAAGAUUUCUUUAUGUCUCUUGGAUCACAAAUCCAUGGUGGAUACUUCCAUUUGAAUUUAUACAAGGUCUUACACAUGCUGGUGUAUGGGUAGCCUGUUGUUCAUAUAUUAUGCAAGCAUUCCAGCCGGAGUUUCGUUCAUCAACAUUAGGAUUUCUUCGUGCAAUACAUUAUGGUAUGGGACGUGGCCUAGGUGCCAUAUUUGGUGGACUUGUUAUAUCUAGUUAUGGAACUCCAACAAUGUUCAGGGCGUAUGGAGCAGCAUCCGCUUUAGUUCUUUUAGGAUUUCUUUUAUUGAACUAUUUUAUGCCGAUUCCAGCGGCCAGUGAAGAAUCAAAUGAAGAUGAUAAAAUGUAUGGACAAAUUUCAUCAGACGGACGUAGUUCGAAUACAGGACAAUUUGGUAAUGUAUUCCAAACAACUGAAGUAACUCAUGACUACUAUUUACAAAAUGAACAAAAAUCAAAUCAAUUCCAACGACAACAAUAACAACAAAUAGUUUAUUCAUUAUUUUGGAUCUAAUAACAUUGAAGAUAUAACUCAUUAUUGUUAAAUGUUAUAAGAUCUAUGAUUUUAUGAUUACUAGCAACAACAACGACAACAAUAACAACAAACAUGGUAAUAGUUGGUUUUGAAUGUUAUUUCGAAUAUUUUCUUUUUCUCAAAUAAUACAUUACUUCUUUAGCGUUUUCUUAUACAAAAUUAAGUAAUUACAUACUGAAUUCUUUCUUCUUCUUCUUCUUAAAAACCUUCAGUUGAACAUUGAAAAAGAAAAAAAAAACAACUUCAUCAAACAUAAUCUUGAAUAAUUGUACUUUAUUUCCAUAUAAACAAUUUCUUAAAUCAUUUGAAAUUUAUUUAUUUAUGAAUAUAUUGACUUAUAACUUUGAUAUAAACUUCUUUAGUUUAUUUGAUUAAUCAUUUAUUGUUACAGUGAAUAAAUUCAUGUCAAGUAUAACAAUGACAAUGUAUAUUCAUUGAAUGGUUGUGAAUUAAUCCUUUUCCCUAUUACAGAUAUAUAUAUAUAUAUGUACACAUAUGUCAUUUCGCUUCUUCUGCUUCUUCUUCUCCUUCUUGUUAUGCAUUUAAUCAUUAUACUAUCUAAUGCUAUGAAGAAGAAAGUACCAAAGUAUUUUAUUUCUCUAAAAACUGAUAACAAUAUUUUACUGCAAGCAAGUACUUCAUUCAUAUUCUAAUUCAAUAUACUAAGUAUUUAUUUAUAUAAUACAUUUUUCAUGAUUCUCAGUAAUCUUUUACUCAAUCACAAAUAAGAAGAAUUUAAAGAUGUAAGUUUAUUCAUCAUUCAAAUUAGCGCAUUUUUGAUCAACAAUGAAGAAAACAACAAGUUGAUAGUAAUAAAUAGAAAUACAAAAUAAACUUAUAACAAAUUGAAUAUCUUGAACAGAUAAUUUUCUUUGUUAUAAGACUCGACUUUUAUACAGAUAAUCAUGACUAUUUCAAGUUGUGUUUCUAUUUUGAAAAUAAGUUGAAUACUUACAAUUUACAGAAAAAGGUUUAACAAAUAAUUGAAUAAUUAUAAUUUCAUCAUUUGCUUUUUUUUAUUUAUCAAAUUACAAUCAUGUUUAUCAUCAUUUUUCAUAUGAAACUAUGUAUUUCGACUUUGGGGGACGGAUAAACCGGUAAGCCAGGGGUUUUCGUGCACAUGUUACACAUUGUCGCGGAUAUUUUGUGUCAUUAUUUAUCAGUUAUUAACACCACUUUUCCCGUCACACGUCAAUUUUCGUAAUGUUUAUGCAUGUUACAUAGCUUUUAUUCCAGUUUAUGAGUAAUUUGACGUAUUUGUUGCUCACAACCUGAGUGAAUAUUAAGUCAGCCUAAUGUAGUUAUUUGUAACAAUACAACCUCAAGCAAGUAAAA